AUGCACGCAGCCCAGGUACAGUCUUGGCCGGAAGGACCACGAUACGUCACACUCGACGAUCCGCUUACACCAUCAGACAACCAAAUCCAGCUUCGUGUCUUGGCUGCCGCCGCCCACCAAGUCGUUCGUUCCCGCGCCUCGGGAGCCCACUACUCGGCUAGAGAACUUCCCCACACCGUUGGCAUUGAUUGCGUUGCCCGAGACGAGGCCACCGGAAAGCUACAUUACUGCUUUACCCUCCAGGGAGGCACAUUCGCCGAGUACAUCAACUUCGAGAAAGAUGUCAUCUAUCCUAUCCCCAGUGAUAUCGACCCUGCGUCCUUUGCUGCUAGUGUCAAUCCGGCCAUGAGCAGCUGGAUGGCCAUCACCCAACGCACAACGAAUUUACCCAAGGACUUCAUAGCCGUUAUUGUUGGUGCUACGAGCGACAGCGGCCGCCUGGCCGUAUACUCUGCUAAAGCUUUAGGGGCAGGCAAGAUUAUCGGCAUCGCCCGGAAUGCUGCGGCCUUAGAGAAAGUCGAAGGCCUUGAUGAGCGAGUUGUGCUACAAGAUCCUAUCGCCGAGACUGACUUCUCCAAGGUACAAGGUUGCGAUGUCAUCCUCGACUACGUCUACGGAGAUGCGACGGUGCAGCUACUAUCAUCGCUGGCAAGGUCGAGGAAACCUGUCCAACACGUCCAAGUAGGCAGCCUAGCCCAGCGCACCGCUGAGAUUCCGUCUCACCUGCUCCGCUCCUUCGACUUGACUAUCCGAGGGGCCGGGGUUGGGUCCUGGAAGGUAUCAGCCCUGCAGAAGGAGCUCCAGACCCUGAUCCCGACGAUGGCCAGCUGGAAACUACUUGCAGCUCAUUCUGUGCCGCUGAAGGAUAUCGAAACGGCUUGGAAUGAUACGUCGCUGGUAGGCGAGGGUAGAGUGGUAUUUGUGCCCUAG